UAUCAGUCUUCUAUGUUUGGCAAAAUAAAAAUAAAGUUGCCUCCAGAUGCGACUACACACGGACGGACACUUGCCGUUCGUUGGGUUGGGGUUGGAGUCGGCCGGCUGCCCAUCCUGCCAUCCUGCAGCCCGCCAGCCCGCUUGCCGAGGUUCUCCAGGAGAAUCGGCAGGGGUCCACGGGACUCGUCAACCUCACUCCGCGCCGAACAAUUGACUCCGGCACCACCUGUCGCAUAUCUGUCUGUCUUUCCUUCCGUCUGGAAACCGUCAAGCUGCUGACCAUCUCAAACGGGGUCGGUUGCGCCGUGUCGUGUUAUACUACGCCGCCCCAUCUCCCAAUCCCCCACCCGAGAAGACGAUGAGCUCCCGAUAACUGAGCUCCAUAGAGCUGUGCGCUGCGGGGCCGACACUCAUCGCCAACCUCGUCUGGGUCACGCCUCUUGACUUGCUAUACCUCCCCCUCAUACCAGCUGACGGCCAUGUCUUCACCGGCACCCGUCGACCUGUCUCAUCCCCACCGGAAGCGGAAGAGAAGGCGCAGACACGACAAACCUGCCAUUGCCGCCCGGCUCGUCCUUGAUGAUCAUGUCAAGGGUGACGUUGGCAUCUUGUCCGAGGACUUGUUCGCCGACCUGUUCCCACAUCUGAAACAUGACGCACAGCACGACCAGGAUGGCCCCCUCGUCCCCGACGUGCUCCACGUCGCUCUGGCCCCGUGGGCACCCAAUGCCUCGCCCGAAACCACGAGCUGGACAAUAGUACCUGUCACACAGUCUUCUGCCCUCGCACACUCGACUCUCCAGUUCUCUCCCUCCUCCCUCGCCCUCCAGAGCUUUGCGACCACCCUUCAACAGGUUGCGCCAUCCAAGCUGUCCAGCCACAGCCGAAGUGGAAUCGAGAUAUUGGUUUUGGACGUGGUGGCUCUAUCACUCGAUACAGUCUUCGUGAGCCUCGAGGGCGACCUCGCGAAAAGAUUGGAAGAUGGGGAGGGCACUUUCUUCAGGGACCAUCCCGACGUUACCUCGGCCCAGCUCAAAGGCAAGGGCAAGGGCGCCACAGAUGAGCCCUCUCCGGAUGAGCGCCUCAAAACCGCCAUACGCGUUGCUCUUGGUACAUUGAAAGUGGUCCAUUCCGGAGAUCUGUUUCCACUGCCUCUGCCACCUCACGCCGUAACUCACGUGCCCCCGAACCCAGGCAAGGUCACGCUUUGCGAGCCAGUUGCCCAAGGAAUCUUGUCGCCAUCAACAAAGAUAAUCGUAUCUAGAGGGCGUAUGCACUCCAAGGAUAGCCGUACUUCAUCAGCCAUGUCCUCGUCUAAGAAGCUUAACGGGCUUGCCGAGGAUGAUGACGACACUGCGAACGACCAAUUCUAUUCCGCUGCGGAGGAACGCUAUAGGACGAGCACAGAAGCCCAAACUGAAGAGUCGGAUGUCAUCACCGAGACUGAAGAGUCAGAGCUUUCUUUGGAUGAGCACGACGAUUUAUCGGACGAUUCGAUGGAUGACCUGAUCUCCCUCCAGGCCCCAGCGUUGCCCGCGACAGCCAGCGGGGUGUCCACGAUGGUUGCCGGCACACCGAUGACCUUGGGCCGCGGCCGAAAGACGAACGGUAUCAGUACGCCUGGCUCAGUCUUCUCAACCUUUACUGCCACUACGGCGAGGCUCGACCGACCUCGCGGGCGGCUGUUCAAAGCACAGGGUCUCAUGAGACCCAUUCCUCCAGAGCUCCUACAUCCGAAGGUCCUCCCCGCUGAUGACGAGGAGGCUCGUGUGUAUGUCGACAUUAGCAAUUUGACAAGGAUUGGUUGUUUUUCUGGAGACUGGGUGAGGUUGGAACCUGCACAGGAGCCUCCUGCGAACGGGUUCGGCCAGUUUGGCCUCGGGAGCUUUGGCGACAUAGGCGAGGAGGAGCCAGACUGGCGGCCAGUGAGGGUCUUCGGUUUGCCAGAAGGCUACUCACAGCGACCUGUGACGAGGAUUGUGCACUCCAAAAAUGAGGGCAGACGACCUUCCUUCUUCGAGUCCCAGCUGCAGAAACCGUCAAGCCCUGCGGUCUAUGUGUCGCCUGUCUUGUUGGCAAACCUUGACGGCCCGGCCUAUCUGCGGAUAGCCCCUUUAAAGAGGGGCUCCCCGGUUUUGGCGAAGAAUCCCUUGUCAAAGCUGACAGGCUCUUCACAACCACCGUAUGCUCGCGAGGUCACCCUGCGCCAUGUUCGAACUCCGAGAUCGGUGGAGCGGGACGUCCAAACAGCUGUUAUGGCCGGGGUGAAGUCCUAUUUUGAAAAGAAAUCGAGAAUAGUCAAAAGUGGUGACUUGAUCGCUUUUCCUAUCGACACGCAGCUCGGAAGGACACUCCAGGAAUCCGGCGCGGAUAACCUCGCUGUUGAUGAUAUUCUGUCUUUGGCCGCGUCAAAUCCUACGAACCGAAGACAGGGUCUCAGCUAUGAUGAGGUGGUCUGGUUCAAGGUGACCCAUAUUGUUCCAAUGAAACGUGAAGGCCCUGAGGAAGAGCCUGAAGAAGAUACGUGGGGCUCAGUCGCAUGCAUCGAUGUCUCAAUGACACUCUUGCGACAGACAGGGUCUGUGACAAGCCGCAUACCGGGUGUUCAGGACAGCACAUGGAGGUACUAUUUGGGCCUGAGAAAGCCGCCAGAUCGAUCUUUACAGUCUCCACCGACAGCAAUUAUGGAACCAGAGAAGCCUCGAGUUUCUCCCCUGCGGAGCCGCUUGCGUAAGCUCCUAUCAGCAGCAACAAGUCGAAGGGCGAUGCAGCUCAAAAUGCCCCCUUUGGCGAUCUUGCUCGUGUCCACCCAGAGAAAUAUCGGGAAAACCACCGUUGCGGGGGAUGCGUGUCUUGACAUUGGCCUACACACCUUUGUGCUAGACGCAUAUGACAUUGUCAACGACGCAGGGUCAGGGGGCAGCGACGUCAAGACGGAAGGAUUCUUGAAGAGUCGAGCUGAGCGGGCCAUGAGCUGCGGCCCAGAGUGCUGUGCUUUGCUCAUCAGGCAUGUUGAAGCUUUCACCGCGGACAGGAUGGUAUCGUCAAUGAGAGAGAUCCUAGCCGAUGCCAGAGUGGUCAUUGCUACUACGACCGAGGUGGACAAGGUACCCGACGGGGUGAGAGGACUGUUUACCCACGAGCUCGAGAUGAGGGCUCCCGACGAGGGCGAGCGAGAAGUGAUACUGAGAAGCGUCAUCGACGACCGAGCAAUUUCUCUCAGCCCUGAGGUCGAAUUAAGCAGUGUAGCCCUCAAAACCGCCGCUCUAGUCGCAGGUGACCUGGUCGACGUCGUCGACCGGGCCCUGGUCGCCCAGCGAUCACGUCUCGAGAGACUCACCUCCCAAGAAACGGAUACAAGCACCAGGCUCACCAUCCGUGACAUUCAAGUCGCUGGCGGUCCAUCCUCUCGCGGCCUGACACCGGCUGAUUUUGAUGUCGCUGUGGAAGCUGCGCGCAAGAAUUUUGCAGACGCCAUUGGGGCCCCAAAGAUCCCCAAUGUUACAUGGGAUGACGUUGGUGGUCUUGAAAACGUCAAAGAUACCGUUUCAGAGACCAUACAACUUCCUCUCGAGCGGCCUGAGCUGUUUGCUAAGGGUAUGAAGAAGCGCAGUGGCAUUCUUUUCUACGGACCACCUGGGACAGGUAAAACGCUGCUGGCGAAGGCUAUUGCAACUGAGUAUAGCCUGAACUUCUUUAGCGUGAAGGGUCCUGAGCUGCUUAAUAUGUAUAUUGGUGAGUCUGAAGCCAACGUGCGGCGGGUCUUCCAGAGGGCAAGGGAUGCCCGGCCAUGUGUGGUGUUCUUCGAUGAACUGGAUUCCGUGGCUCCGAAGAGAGGCAACCAAGGAGACAGCGGUGGUGUGAUGGACCGCAUUGUGAGUCAGCUUCUGGCUGAACUGGACGGAAUGUCCAGCGGCGAGGACAGUGCAGGAGGAGUGUUUGUUAUCGGUGCCACGAACCGGCCGGAUCUUUUGGACUCGGCACUGCUGCGGCCAGGAAGAUUUGACAAGAUGCUGUACCUGGGAGUGUCUGACACUCAUGAGAAGCAGCUUAGGAUCCUGGAAGCACUGACACGCAAAUUUACCCUCCAUCCGGCUCUCACACUGCGCGCCGUCGCCGAGAAGCUUCCAUUCACAUACACGGGCGCCGACUUUUAUGCGCUAUGCAGCGACGCCAUGCUCAAGGCCGUGACAAGACAGGCCGGCAAGGUGGACGUCAAGAUCAAGGCCCUCAACGCCGAAGCGGAGGCCGAGGGCAAGAAGCAGGCCAUCUCCACGGCCAACUUCUUCGAUCACCACGCCACACCGGAGGACGUCGCCGUGAUGGUGACCGAGGAGGACUUCAUGGACGCGCACAGGGAGCUCAUCCCCAGCGUGAGCGCGGGCGAGCUGUCCCACUACGAGCGAGUAAGGGCCACCUUCGAGGGCGGCCGGGAGGCCAACGGCGCCGCGGGCGCAAAUGCGGAGAAGCAGAGGCCGGCCCCGCUCAACCUCAGUCAGAGGACGGUGUCGACCGCGUCGCAGCGGAGCGCAAAGGGCAAGGGCAAGUCGAUUAUUGCUAGCAGCAAGGGCAAAGGCAAGGCGGUCGCUGCGGGAAGUGAUGGUGAGGAUGCCGAGUAUGAGGAUGACUAUGGGAUCGACGCCCAGGAGGCCGAUGGAGAUGGGCCGAAUGGGGUCAGCACCAAGAGCAAGGGGAAGGGAAAGGCGGUUGCUGGAUUCCAAGACGGUACGGCGAGUGACGACGAUGGACUGUAUGACUGAGUGUGCUUCAACUCCGGACCUGGUAUCGGUACAAUGGGGCAAAAGUAAAUAAGGAAAUGGCACGUGUUUAUAUGACCGAGGAACAACGGCCACAGAAUGUAACAAAGUACAAUCUACAUGUAUUGUGCCUGGAA